AACGCAUCGCCAGCGGAUGAAUUGAGAUCGCCGUAUUCUAUUUUUCCUUCCAUUCAUGAAGUUUGGUAUCGUGAAAACUGAUAGCCAUUUCGCGAUCGUUGCUCCACUACGAAGUGAUUGUGUUGCGGUCUAAAACGUGUUUUCUGUCUGUGUUUUUGUUUUUAUUUCUUUUGGUUUUGUUGUGUUGUGUUGCAUUGUUUUGAAGCGGUUUUUGGGCACGUCUCGUACUCGUAGCAUACACCUAUGUGGUGCAUUCUGAAAUUCUGCGAAACGAUUUGUUGGUGUUUUCCCAUUUUUGCGUAGAGCAAAUAAUUAAAUGAUUAGAUGAAGACGGUAGUGGUUGGUGAUCGUGUGUAGUGUCGCCACAAUAGAUUCCGAUCACGUAUGUAGAACAAACGUAGUGAAUAAGUUGCCAAUUAUCGCCGAGAAAGAUAAAAUAAAAUAGAAAUGAAAUGAAAACAAAACAAAAUCGAAUGGAGUCAAUAAAAACACGCCUUAUAUGAAAUUUUAAUGUCUAUAAUUAGACAAUUGUGAUCGAACCAGUGAUUGAUAGAUUGAUUGGGUCCGUUGGAGGCAAAAAUCUCCCGUUGUGUUUGGUCAUCAGUAAUCGAUUAUUUAGUGUUUCCAAUUAAAAGCGUGACUACGCCGCCGACCGACAACGACCCACAUAAAAAUAAGUGAAAUUUAAUUGUGGAUCUUCAUUUAUAGAAGUGUAAAUCUAAGACGCAUGCGUCUUGACAACUAGAAACAAAAAUGACACAUACCGAUGCACCAAAAAGUGCAACGGCAGCAACGCCAAAAUCUACUCUUGGCAAGCGGGCCGCUAAGAAGCUCUGGAAAUUAAUAACUGUAAAUACGCAGCAUGAUGGUGGCACACAUGAUGUUCCCACAUCAACGCCUGCGCGAAUUGCACAUGGCUCCAAGACAUGUCGUGACAUGACGACGCUGCCUGUGCCAGACACCUUCGUCAAUGAUAAGGCCUCAACGCUAUCCCUUUCCACCAAAUACUCUUCCACGAAUUCCUCGUCGACGCUUGACUCCAACUCGCAAAAGUCCUUGUGCACACUUAAUGAGGCUGCCAAAUUAUUUCCACGUAAUAUGCCCAGCAUCAGACGGAGUCGCCGCCGUUUGCAACAGAACGGCAGCGGCACGCAACGAGCCACCAGUCGAGAGAAGCCGACCACAGACACUGCAGCAAAAACAACCACAGCAAAGGCAAUUUUCAAUGCAUCACAAAAAAGUGCCUUUGCCAGGGUUUCUCAAACGCAAAGUGUUGCAACGAUGACGACCGUACAUUCCAAUAAACCACCAUCCAAGAAAUCCAAAGCUAACUGUUCUAAGCAUCAGCAUCGUGCGAAUGGCACAAACACGAAAACCCCAACCACAAUUACGAAUAAUUUACCGCAGAAGAAAUGUUCUAAAACUAGUCAAAAUCGCAAUGAAAAGUCCAGCAGCAGCAGCAAGUCAAUCAAACACCAUGCAAAAAUCCAUCAUGCCACUCCAUCAUCAGCGCCAGCCAUGACAUCAAAAUCAUUGUCACAGCCACAGUCACAGCAGACCAGGCUAACGCCCAAAUUGUCUCAAAUACUUUACCAUGGCACCGGCGACGCUAUAGACGCCAUGCACUCGCAGCAAUCCAGUUUGAUCAGCUACGAUCUGAGUUGCACCACCAGCCAGCAGAGCAUCCAUGGCAGUGACAACAACAACAAAGUUGGUCACAAACUUGUCCCAAACAUGUCAGAUGACACAAUUCUAUCAUCGGGCAUAUCAUGUCCCAGUGAGACACACUCCGAAGCGAGUGCCACCGACUCGCCGACGUUCCAUCAAACGCCUGUCAUACAUCAGACAGUGGCCAAAGCGUUUCAAUACAAUCAACGACACCAUCAUCUUGUCAUUGACGAUAAUCCUGACGAAGAUGCACUUAUUUCCCUGGAAUUGGAAAUGAUAACUGGCCGAUGUGCCGGCGAACAGAACGUUCGGCCAUUGCCUACCAAGAAUACUCCUUCGACCGAUCCCGCUCUGAAGGUGAUGGGCUUGCAAAAUUUGAAUAAGUGCCGUAAUCGCAAUGCCGUUUGGAUGCAUGCCACCGUUAGCGAUGAUCAACAGCUAAGCGAUAUUGAGGAACAGUUACAGAAAAUAAAACCAACGCCGAAUAAUAGUUAUAGUGGGAACAUUGCGAGGAACGCUGCAAUGGGACGGCCAUCAAAUGCUACGUCAAACACAUUAGCCAAGGAUUCGUGUGCCACAGCUAGCCAAGCUGCAACAUCAUCAUUGCCGCAGCGGUCUGCACCGAAGAAACCUCAUCACGAGUUGCUGGCCGAGGUCAUUAUGCAACAGCCAAGUGAUUACUACACACAAACCGAAAGUGAACUCUUACAAUUGGAGGCAGCCGGAGUGCACUUGCCAGCCUAUCAAUUGCAGGCCGUCGAUCCGACACUGACACAGCUUGCACAACCAACCGUUCAACAGACGUCGACGCAGCAGCAGCAACACCAGCAUCAUCACCAUUCACACUCGCAUCUGCAUAGUCUUCCACCGCCGAAUUUGAAUAAUAAUGAUCGCUCUACGCCCACCUCAUCAUCGAAUGCCACACCCAGUAGCACAAGUCACAUUGAUCCAGCGUCAAGUAGCAGCAAUGGCGGCAGCAGUCACACAGCCGCAUCAACACAUUUUAUGGGGCCCCCACAGCGUCGACACUGCCAGCCGCCCAAUAAUUUGCCGCUCAGUUCGAUCACAUCGCCACUGCGUGCCAACUACAAGACGGCAGCCUAUUUACACAGUCAUCAUCAGCAAUUAGAAUUCCAGCGUAACUCACAAUCGGAUGAUGACAGUGGCUGUGCACUGGAAGAGUACACCUGGGUGCCGCCGGGUCUUCGCCCCGAUCAGGUUCGUUUGUAUUUCUCUCAAUUACCCGACGACAAGGUGCCGUACGUAAAUAGUCCAGGCGAAAAAUAUCGCAUUAAACAAUUGCUACAUCAACUGCCGCCACAGGACAAUGAGGUCCGCUACUGCCACUCCUUAAGCGAUGAAGAACGCAAAGAAUUGCGUAUAUUUUCGGCGCAACGAAAACGUGAAGCUUUGGGUCGUGGCGCAGUACGACUGCUCUCCGAUGAACGUCCCUGCCAAAAUUGCAACGAACAACUUUCCUCCGGUGACAUUGUGGUCUUUGCCCAGCGUCUGGGCGCACAAGUCUGCUGGCAUCCUGCCUGUUUUGUGUGCUGUGUCUGCAAGGAAUUACUGGUGGAUUUAAUAUAUUUCCAUCGUGAUGGUAACCUCUAUUGCGGACGACAUCAUGCUGAAACCCAAAAGCCACGUUGCUCGGCAUGUGAUGAGAUCAUUUUCUCCGACGAGUGCACCGAGGCAGAGGGUCGCACCUGGCAUAUGAAACAUUUCGCAUGCUUCGAGUGCGAUCACCAGCUAGGAGGUCAACGAUACAUAAUGCGCGAUGGCAAACCGUACUGUCUGAGUUGCUUCGACACCAUGUUCGCCGAAUACUGUGAUUAUUGCGGCGAAGUUAUCGGUGUCGAUCAGGGACAAAUGUCACACGAUGGCCAGCACUGGCACGCCACCGAUCAGUGUUUUUCAUGUUGCACAUGUCGUUGUUCGCUGUUGGGACGACCGUUCCUGCCGCGUCGUGGAACCAUUUAUUGUUCGAUUGCCUGCAGUAAAGGUGAACCGCCAACGCCGUCUGACACCAGUUCGGGACCACAGCUAAGGCCAACGCAUCGUGCCAGCACCACCAGCCAAAUUGCCAGAUCACCACGUCCGGGUAAGGGAUCGCAUAGUAAAGAUCGCCAUGGUGGUAAGAGCUCUGGUAGUGCGGGCGAUCUUUUGGAACGCCAGGAAAGACAAAGAAGAGAAGAUUUGGGCCGACUAAUGCUUGCCCGUAAUAUGGAAGCGGUGGGAGUGCCUGGUAUACCCAGACCUGCCCAUCCGCCACCCAUUGAUCUUACAGAGUUGGGUAUAAGCUUAGAUAAUAUAUGUGAUGGAGAUAAAACAAUAUUCGGUGAUCCCAAUAUUACCGCCUCCCUACCCGAUAUGUUGGUGUCCAAAGGUGAAGAUUCUCACAGUUAUCAGAGCAUUGAUAAAAUCAUGCUAAACUCACCCACUGCUUCCGACAUGACCCAAUCCACCCAAGAAAUCACCAAUGAAUUAGAUCUGGAUAAUGAAAACGACAAUGGCUUCAAUAGCUCACCCCAAGAUAAUUAUGAACGAAUUAAAGACGAUAUCGACGACGAUGAUGAUGACGACGAGGAUGAGGAAAAUAAUCGCCACCCCACUAAAGAGGUACGCUUCCAUAGCAUACAAGACACCAUGUCGCGUUCCAAAAGCUACACAGACAACUCGAAUGCCAGACGUCGUCGACGCAAACGCAACCAAUCACGUAGCAACUCCGAAAUGCAAAUCAAUCAGACCAAUUUGCGAUUGCACAAUGCCCAGACUCAGGCGGGUUCGAGUGCCGUAAGAAAUUCGGAUAAUUGUGAUACAGCCAGCAUUUGCUCCACAUGUUCGUCGAGUUCGUCCAGUGAUAUGGACGACUAUGUUUACCGUUUGCCGGCACGCAAACACUAUGGCGGUGUGCGUGUCUCGUAUGUCCCGAACGAUGCUAUCGCUUAUGAGAAAAAGAAGAAACAGGCCAUGGAACAGGCAAACACAUACAGCAGUGGUAGUGGUGGUGGCGGUGUAACAACGGCCAACGCAACUGGACCAAUGGCUAUGAGCAGUACCAAUUCGACUAUUGGCACUGGUGGGGAUGGCAAGAAUUGCAUAAUAUCAUGACAACCUCCGAUUUUGCCACCACCACCAUUCAAUCUCAGCAGCUAUUACAUCCUGGACACCAUACUGGAGGAGGAGAGAUUUGUGGCCAUAGAAAAGAAACCUGGUUGUUUUAGACGUUUCUGGAAUAUAUUGAGUUCAAGUAAAAAUAAGCAGCAAUCGAAGCAUUUAGAAAAUGUUUAAGUUGCAUCCAACUCCAUAGAUAUAGACAGACUAGACUAGAGGAUAGCAUAUAAACCUACUGAAGACUGCAAAGUCAUGUAACUUUCGUACACAAUUUAAAAAUUGUACUCCUGUAAUCAAUGAAUUCGGAAUGUUGAAUGUAUCUGUACAUAUUCGUAUAUAGACGUAGAUUUACACACCAAAUAGACCAUAUCUGAUUCGCUGUAUCGGAAUAAUGUAAAAUUUAAUUGUUAAGUUAUUUCGUAUUUCAUCAUAUCAGAGUAAGAGAAGUCAGUUUACAAAUUAUGUCAAGUUAAGUUGUUGUACACUGAUCCAUAAUGCUAAACAUUAAUAAAAAGAAUAAAUGAUUAUUAUAAUGUAUGUCAUUUAAAAAUACAAAGUGGU